GAUACUCCGUCGAUGAUUGGAAAGUAUUUGCACAAGACAAAAGCAGCCGAGGAAUCUGCUGUAAUUGCUUCUGCAGUUGUUGCAUUAAACAGUGCCCUUUACAAUCUCGACGUGUUGACAGCAAGCCCGGUCCCUGACAGAGUGCCCAGCUGGGGACCCGACAGUUUCAUUCCCCUUGUUAAACAACCCACGUCGCAAUUUGCCGCUAACCUACCCCCCCCCCCCCACCCCUUUCCCUACACCCGCUGGUUGCCCGGCAACCGUCCUCUCCGCCAGCUGUUGCCUGUUUCCGUGACGCGCUUCCUUCCGGCGUCUCGAGUCGCGUCACGAGACGGUGCAGCCGUCGGGCCGAGAGGAGGAUCAGUCGGCGGCGCCGCGCUCGGUCGGUUCGAGUCCCCGCAUUGCAGCUCAGGCUUUUUACAUUUGACCAAACAUGUCUUUGUAUCCAUCCUUAGAAGACCUUAAAGUAGACAAGGUGAUCCAGGCUCAAUCUUCGUAUGUGGCAAAUUCUGGAAAUCUUGCAAUCUUGUCUGAAACUGCAACCUCUGAACAGUCAGAUGGAGUCCUUUAUCCCCGUCUGUAUCCUGAAUUGUCUCAGUACAUGGGGCUGAAUCUGAAUGAUGAAGAGAUACAAAAGAAUAUGAGUCUGGUUCCAGCUCCAGAUCAAACUGUUGCUAGACCAUCUAGUGUAAAUUACAUGGUGGCACCAGUGACUGGAAGUGAUGUGGGUCUUCGGAGAGCUGAAGUGAAACAAGGUAUUCGGGAAUUAAUUCUCUGCAAGGAUCAGGAUGGGAAGAUUGGCAUUCGCCUUAAAUCAAUUGACAAUGGUAUCUUUGUUCAACUUGUACAGGCCAAUUCUCCAGCUUCUCUGGCUGGCUUACGCUUUGGUGACCAGGUUCUGCAGAUAAAUGGUGAGAAUUGUGCAGGUUGGAGUAGUGAUAAGAGUCAUAAAGUGCUGAAACAAGCUUCUGAUCAGAAGAUUAGUCUCAUUGUUCGUGACAGGCCUUUUGAACGCACCAUCACUAUGCAUAAAGACAGCACAGGACAUGUUGGCUUCAUUUUCAAAAAUGGAAAAAUCACCUCGAUUGUAAAAGACAGCUCAGCAGCCAGAAAUGGACUCCUAACUGAACACAACAUCUGUGAGGUUAAUGGGCAGAAUAUCAUUGGGUUGAAGGAUACACAAAUUGCUGAUAUUCUGGCAACAGCAGGGAAUGUAAUAACCAUUACCAUAAUGCCUUCAUAUAUUCAUGAACACAUGAUGAAGAGGAUGGCUUCAAGCAUUGUCAAGUCCCUAAUGGAUCAUGGGAUUCCUGAGGUGUAAAAUCCUGAAAUGUGACUCAACUUUUUAGGCUUCUAGAUGGCCCUACUCUAGUUAAAACAGCAACUUGGAUUGUACCCAGCUUACAAGAUUAACUCUUACUAUCUAACUGUAUACUUAAAACAAUAUACAAAUUAUGAGCUGUUUUAUUUACUCAGUGCUACCUGUUUACAAAGCAAAGAAUUGACACAGACUGCCUCUGAUCAUUCCUUUUAUACAUUUCAUUGUUCCAUGUCCUUUUUGAUUUAUAUAUGAUGUGGAAUGGUAAUUUGACAGUAUUUGAACUCCAGUGAAAUUGUGAAUCUUGAUUUCCUUAUUCUAGCUAAUGAACAGUUGUGGUUCUGUUCUUUGAUUAUUAGUAUGUUGAGACUAUUGCUAUCAUUGUUCAUCCACUGUAAAAAAAAAAUCAACAAUGCAUUUAAUUUGAUGUAGAAAUAAAGUACCUUGAACAUUU